AAAUAAAUAUAAACGAAUAGCAGCAGAAAUUUUUAUAUCCUAUUGCUGCAAUAAUAAACGAAUUGCAGCAGUUGAAAGAAAGCCAAUAUGAUGAUAAUCUUUUGAUAAGUGGAUUUAGUACAACUUCUUUAUCACAGUGAAUAAGAUAAAAAUUUUUCAAGGAUUUUUGCUAAUAAAGAAAAGUAAAUAUAAGCGCAUCCACUUGACAAUGUCUACGAAAUUUCAACAUUUACGUCAGCAUUUCAUCUCGCAUCAGGUGUUUGAAGCUUUGCAGCCUUUGUUUUUCAUCACCUUUCUCUAUGGUUUAACACCGUUUCGCGUAACAACAAAUAAAGGAGGUGAAAAAAGUAUAAAAAUGUCGACGUUCGGGUUCAUCAAUAUCGCUCUCUAUAUUCUGCUGUAUGGCAGCUGCUACGUAAUCUCAUUACUACGAGAGGAAUCGGUCGCUGGGUACUUUUUCCGCAACAAAAUUUCCGAUGUCGGUAAUACAAUGCAAAUCUGCAAUGGUCUCAUAACAGGCACUGUUAUAUAUAUAUCGGCCGUAACUCAACGCAGCAAAAUGUUACGUGUCAUCGCUACAUUACAUAAUUUAGAUAAAAACUUCGCUAAUAUUGGCAUUAAAGUUAAAUAUUCGCGUAUUUAUCGUUUUUCUAUUGUUAUGUUAACAUUUAAAAGUCUGGUGAUUGGUGUUUAUUUUAUGGGUGUUUAUCGUCUCUUAAUGUCCAUGAAUAUUACGCCGUCAUUUACUGUGUGUGUUACAUUUUUUCUCCAACAUUCUGUAUUAUUUCUGGCAAUUUGCUUAUUUUGUUUUGUGGCGCGCAGUUUUGAACGUCGUUUGGUUAUACUUAAUAAGGUCCUUAAGAAUCUCCGCCAUCAAUGGGAAACGCGCAGCAUUAAAACUAUUAGUCAUAAACAAAAGUCUUUACAAUGCUUAGAUUCUUUUUCUAUGUACACUAUAGUUUCGAAGAAUCCCUGUGACGUUAUACAGGAAUCUAUGGAAAUUCAUCAACUUAUAUGCGAGGCUGCAUCGACAGCUAAUAAAUAUUUUACCUAUCAGCUGUUAACCAUAAUAUCAAUAGCUUUUUUGAUAAUCGUCUUCGAUGCCUAUUAUGUUUUGGAAACGUUGUUAGGCAAAACGAAACGCGAAAGCAAAUUUAAGACGAUAGAAUUUGUCACAUUUUUUUCUUGUCAAAUGAUACUAUAUUUGAUUGCUAUUAUUUCCAUUGUGGAGGGUAGCAAUCGCGCCAUAAAAAAGAGCGAAAAAACAGGUAGUAUUGUUCACGCUUUACUAAAUAAAGCAAAGUCGCCUGACGUUAAAGAGAAAUUACAGCAAUUUUCUAUGCAGCUGUUGCAUCUAAAGAUAAGUUUUACCGCUGCUGGCUUAUUCAAUAUUGAUCGCUCUCUAUAUUUUACGAUCAGCGGAGCUUUAACAACUUAUUUAAUAAUAUUAUUACAAUUCACUACGAACUCUUCGCCAGCAUUAUCAAGUGAUUGUACCUUAAACUCCCCCGGGCUUCCGCCAAUUCCUAUAAAUUUUACAUCAAAUUGA